AUGCCUCCCAAGAGAUAUUUCGAGGAGCAAGGGGAAAAGGCAGCAGAUGCAGAGGCCGCUGGCUCCUCAUCUGCAGCCCGCCAAAAUACGACUCUCUUCGUCUCACGCUUGCCAUUCACGGCCACUUCAGUCGACCUGCAGACCCUCUUCUCCGAUGUAGGACCACUCAAGAGAGCCUUCGUAGUGACAGACCAGGAGACCAAAAAGUCAAAGGGCGUCGGAUACGUUACCUUUGCCGUAGCGGAAGAUGCAGAGAGGGCUCUGACCGAGCUGCAAGGCAAGAAACUCGACGGCAAGAGAGCCAUUGCCGUCUCAUGGGCAGAUGACAAGCCCACCAGGAAGGAGCGGGCUGAAGGAGCAGGCGCUCCACCAGUCAAGAGGCCUCGCGUUGCAGUUCCCGCCGGGCAAAGAGUUCCUGCUACCCCUCGAGAUCCAUCCUCCUCAUCCUCCGCAUCCAAGGAUCCAGACGCUGUGCGGACAUUGAUCCUCUCUGGUCUUCAGGCAUGCACGCCGCCAGCAGACGCAAAGACCUUAUACAAGCGAGCGAGGAAGAUUGGCGAUGUAGACAAUGUCAUCUACCCAGGUCCAUCACCUCAAGGUGGACCCAAGCCCGAUCCCGACGUCGCACAUGUCAUCUUCCGUACACCCAACCAUGCAGCAACUGCUGUUACAAAGCUUCACGCACAUACCUUCAAGGGCGCUCUGCUCUCCGCUGUACUCAAGCGACGAGCGGACGGUGUAGCCAAGCUCAAUGCAAGGAUGAGGCCAGAGACCAGAGAAAGGAUGGAGAAGAGGCGCAAAGAGGUGGAAGAAGCCUCAAAGGGCGCUGAUGGCUCCAUUGCCCACCUACCAGCCGUGGAUAGCAUCCCUGUCGCAGGAAUCAGUCAGGAGAGUCGGUUGAUCAUCAGGAACUUGCCUUGGGACGUCACCACUUCGGACCUGCGGGCCGUCUUCCUACCAUUCGGACCCAUCUACAAGAUUGACAUUCCACAAGCUUUGCCAAAGACAGGCCAGCAGCCAUCAAAGCCGGCCGCCGUCCAGGUUGAGACCCUCGAAGACACGAUCAAGGUCGAAGAUGGCGCGGAGGAGAAGGACAGUGAAGAGGGAGACGAGAGCGAGGAGGAGGACAGCAACAGCCAUGAUGACGAGACAGGGAGCGACAGUAGCGACUCAUCCUCCGAGGAUGAUGAGCACAGCGUUGCCAGCAGCCCUGAGGAGUCAGAUACCUUGCCAAAGUCUACGCCAAGCGCUGCUCCUGCUGCUCCUGCUGCCGCGAAGACCAAAGGUCGAGGCUUCGGCUUUGUCUGGCUCGUAUCACGCUCGGAUGCUGCUCGCGCUCUAGAAGGUGUCAAUGGCAAGCCCAUCCGCCAUGGCGAAGCCGAAAAGAUUGCCGCCAAGACGGCCAAGGGGUCCAAAGGAAGGCUCAUGGCCAAGGAGAAGCUCAAGGAGGUCAGAGAAUCCGCUCAACCAGAGCGCAUUGUUGCUGUUGACUGGGCGUUGACCAAGGAUGAAUGGAAGAAGAAGGAAGAGGAGACGGAUGGCGAAGAGACGGAGGCUGACGGUGAUGCUGACGACGAUGACCUCGAGGAUGGAUCGGACGACGAUGCCGGAUCUGAGGAAGACGAGGAAGAGGACGUCAAGCCUGCCCUUCCCACUCCUUCUGAAGGCACGACACUCUUCGUCCGCAAUCUGCCUUUCGAAGCUACCGAGCCUGAGCUCCUCACUCUCUUCAAGCAAUUUGGCGCCGUCCGCUACGCACGCAUCACAAUGGAUCGAUCUACCAACCCACCGCGCAGCAAAGGAACAGGCUUCGUAUGCUUCUGGACCAAGGAGGCCGCUGUGGAAGCCCUGCAAAGAGCCAGGGACGUUGAGCAAGAGGCGGGGAGCGGCAUCACCGCUCCACCUCUCAAGGCGGGCCAGAACCCCUUCAGCAUGACCUCGGUCCUGACCGUGGACCCUUCUGCACCACUGACUGCCUCUUUUAACAUUCGCGGACGCAUCCUGAACGUCAUUCCUGCUGUGGAGAGGGAAAAGGCAGACUCACUCACAGCAGCGGGUAUCAAGGCUCGUCAGAAGCAAGACAAGCGCAACACCCAUCUCAUGAGAGAAGGUGUGCCUCUGCCCAAUACCCCCAUGGCGGAGCAGCUUGCUUCCAACCCCAAUGAGAUUGAAAAGCGUCUAGGCUCCUUCAGUCAAAGGCGCUCACAGCUGUCCAUCAAUCCUUCCCUGUACAUCUCCAAGACGCGUCUUUCGAUCCGCCAACUUCCCCUCUUCUGCACCGACAGGAUGCUCAAGCGGCUGGCCAUUCACGCCAUCAAAGCCUUCAAGGCCGAAGUAGCCGAGGGCAAGCGUCAGGAUCUAGAUGUCGAUGAGCUAGCCGAUCGCACCUUUUCCCUGGCGUCAAAGCCGCCCAAGAAGGGGGAGCGCUCCACCUCCGUCGUGCAGUCCAAGAUCGUUCGCGCCAUCGAUCGACCGGACCCAAUGACGGGUGUGGGCCGCUCAAAGGGAUUCGGUUUCCUCGAAAUGAGGAGUUUCGGAGAAGCACUGAGGGCAUUGAGAUGGUUGAAUGCAAACAAGGACGUGCAGAAGUUGAUGAUUGAGUGGUACAUUGAGGAGCUGGAGGAUCUACGUAAGAAGCUCGAGGGAGAAAUUGCCGAAAAGGACUCGAGCUCGGGCUCGGGUUUGGUGGACAAGGUCAAGAACAAACCUUCCAGCAGCACCCCCGGCUCCGGCUCUAGUGAGGAUCUCCCCUCCCGCCUCAAGCGAGUCCUCUCCAAGCAAGCCGAGCUCAAAGAAUCCGGUGCCCGUUCCGUGGACAAGGCAGAGCGUGGUGGUCUCCUCUUUGUCGAAUUCAGCAUCGAAAAUGCCACCGUGGUAAAGGCACGACAAGAUCGGGUGGAGCAAAAUCGAAAGAAUGCAGAGAGGAGGACACUUCGAGAUGCCAAUGGUGGUAGUGGUGGUGGUAUGGAGUCUACUGCCGCACCUGCCUCAUUCUCUGAUGAGGGAGAGGAGGAAGAUGGCGAGCCCGAGGCAGAAGAGGACGUCCGUGGCAAGCGGCUUCCAAAGCGGGCCAACUGGAACCAAUCUACCAAGAAAAGGGGAAGCGAAGCAAAGAGCGCCGCCAGCGUUGGUAGCAAUGGCGCAAAGGGCAGCAAGAGGGACGAAACUCGAGUGCGAAAAGUCAAGGAGCAGGCUUCGGAUAAAGUUGGUAGGGAAGGAGGAGCAGCGGGAGACAAGUUGGGAAAUAAAUUGGGGAGCUUGAUUGGGAGGAAGAGAAAGGAUAGAAAGAAGGGGGCAAACUGA